GUACCGCGCGGCCAGCCACACGGAUAAGUCGACGUGUACAGAGGACAUCUUCUCGGACGCUCAAGACCUGUAUGCCGACUGCGGUGGCGCCCUCCUCGACGCUGUCGAGACUUUGAAGCCGGGGAACCUGCGCGAGGGCUGGAGCGACACGCUUGUACAGCGCAAGAUGGACGUCUACGCCAGGUCCAAGGUUGCGUCCAGCGUUAGGGCCGUCUUCGAGAGCGACGCAGCCGUGAACUUGCCGCUCGCUCUUCUGGAGAGGCUCUUGCGUGGCCGCUGUGUUACGUGGGAACAGGUCUACCGUGGGAACUACAACAAGCUCCCGCCCUGCGGGCUUAUGUUAUCGUUGUCUCCGGCGUGCUCCGCGCGUACGGCGGCGGCGAUAAAGGAGUCGUUCAACGCUUGGGGCCGCUGCCUAGUGUCUGCCUACGGCGACACGUUGGUCGUCGUGUCGGACGUCCUGGCGAUUGAGUUCCCGGACGGCUGCGGUUGCACGUUACAGCCCCUGUCCCACGACCAACAGUCCACCAUUGCCUCUGCGGCCAAGCUCAUGCAGCACACCAUGACGGAGGUCGCUCUCCACGAGAGGGUAGAGUGCGACAAGCGCACGGUGCCAGCGGCGGUGUUUACCCUGGAAGACGGUUCCACCGUGAAGGUGGUCCGUUAUGCCCUCGCGCCUGAUGCCUCGCGCUCCGACAGAUGCAUCAGCCACCGCUGGAAGUACAGAGUUGCGGCCACCUUCUUGUACUUGUCUGGCUAUUCCAUGGGGGAGUCUCUCGACCUCGCCGCGGACAUUGUCUGUGGGCGCCCAGGCAAGAGGCUCCACGGCGACAAGACGCCAGAAUUAAUCGCGCUUUUCCUGUCCAUGUGGACCGAGGCCGACAUGAUCUUCCCUGAUGGUUUUUGGCAUGUGAAGUUCAAAGCGCUGCCCGCGCUGCGCGCGCGCGUGGAGGACGGCAGGGCGCGCGAGCCACACGAGUACAACGACCAGGAAGUCCGCGACUUGUCGGCUGCAGGGAUGAUGCCCAGCGCUGCGUUCUUCCCCGAGGAUCUUUCGCACGGGCCCUUCCGCUGGGAGAAGCUCGAAGGCGUCUUCGUGGCAGACGACUCCACCGAGGAGGUGAAGGCCGCCAUGGACGCCACGCGGGUCCCGGUGUUAGAUGUUUGCAGGCUGGUCUUCACAGAGACGGCGACCGCCGCCGAGGAGUCGGCAGGCGGCCCGGCCUGCACUUUGAAUCGUUGCUCCGCGGAGCUCAGUCUCACCUUCGGCCUGGCCGACGUAGAUGCCGUCAGCGAGUGCGUCGUUCUUAUCACGCUUGCCGGCACGGUGACCACAGAGAGCGACGACAUGCGCCUCGUGAGCGUCGUUCUUGCUGUCGCUGGAGUUCGUUAUCGCUUUGCUUCGGCGUAUGUCCCCACUGGUGAUCGGCAGGGCCGGCUCCACUUCUUCGAUGGCGCCUCGGAGUUGCUGGAUGGGUCUCCCGAGACGGAACAGCAGGCGUGGUUUGGUGACUUCAAUUCCCAUGUUGGCCGGGAUCGCUGCUCGGGUCGCUACAUCGCGCACGCCACGGUCGGCGACUUUGCGCGCGCCCCGACUGUGGUGGGGAGAUUCGGCAUGACGACGCCUACCACGACAGCUGGCAAGCAGCUCCUGCAGUGGAUGGAGGAGUCCCCGCGCCCGCUCUGCGUGGCGGACGCGCCCUACCAGAUUGGCUCCAGAGGCACGUGGACGCUGCCGAGGGCUCGCGUCGACGACCAGGGCCGGGGGCACUACAGCUGGCACGAGCUCGACCUCUGCGUGGCGUCUCCCUGUGUAGCGAAGCACAUCCAGGAGUUCAAGACGGCAACGCUGAGCAUGAGUGACCACUUUGCGAAAGUUUUCAAGCUCAAUCUUCCUCGUGGCCGUCAAGGGAACGCCCGGGGGCGCUGCCGCUCGGCUGGGGACGCUCAGACGGCUUCCGCUAACAAGCGCAAGAUCUCCACCCAUCUUCUGCGAGGGCGGUCGGAGGAGGCUGCGGCGCGCCGCAAGCAGCAUCAGGAGCGCACUCGGGAGUUGGUCUCUGCAUCGCCUGGCGCCUCCGAGAUGGAGGCCCCAUCGCCGCGGCCAGCCCUCGCGGCUGUCGCGCGACAGGCUGCGGAGGAGGUCUGCGGACGAGACGGCCGAGGCGGCGGGAUUCCUUUCAUGGGCGGCCAUGGGCCUGAGAUCUUGAAGGCCAAGGAGGAGCUCCGCCAGGCCUGGGAGGACAUCCGCCGGGCGCAGGGCACCGCUGCCGAAGGCCCCGCCCGCGCUCCCCACCGCCAGCUCAAGAAAACCUUUCGGACACAGAGGCGCCGCUGGCGACGCCAAUGGGUGGAGAAGCAGUUGCGGGAGCUCGAGCACAGCCUGGCCGUGUCCGACUUACAUCGGUUCUAUCAGGGCCUCCGUGCGCUCGGGGUCACGCUCGACGAGGCGGGCGCCCACGGCCGCAUCUCCCACGCCCCUGAGCAGCUGCGCGCGCACUUCGCCGCCAUUGGGGAGCAGGACUCUGCGGUGACCGACGAGGUGUUGAACAGGAUGCCCCUGCUGGCGCCAGCGACCCCCACGGAGGCUUCCUUGGCCACUACACCGAGCGAUGCCGAGAUCCAGGCGGCUUGGCGGAGGACGCGGGAGUCGGCGGCGGGGGAAGACGGGGUCACCAUCAACAUGCUGCGCCUGGCGUCCCCUGAGUUCCAGCAGGCCCUCUUCGCGCUGGUUCGGCGCGUGCGGAGGCAGCCCGAGGAGCACGGGUCCAUCCCUCGCCUCUUGGGCAGUCGAGACAUGAAGGGCCGCUUCACGAUGGCGGACUUGCGGAAACGUGCUGGCGCGCCGUCCACCCCUCGCCUCUUGGGCAAGAGGAAGCUGGGCAACUUGGGGCGUCUGGCUCGCUACCCGGCCUCGCGGAUCGAGCAGCGGGUGGCGUUCGGCGUCCUGGAGCCGGAUGGCAGACACCCCUUGUGCAGCAAGCAAGGCGUCACGUGGCGACACCAGUGCCACUCGCUGCUGCAGGAGCUGCUGGCCUUCGCAACUGAGGAGGAGCGCGCUGAGGGCUGGCUCGCCGUGGCUCAGCGGCGGGAUCGAUGGCGCGAGCUCGUGUUUAAGUGGGAGGAGCAGGCGGCGGCGAAGGAGGAGUCCGACUGCCAUGCUGUCCGCCACGCCGCCCGGGACGCGCAGGCUGCGACAGACACCCCUGCGCCUCUGCUGCCGCCAGCAGCGCCCGUUCGACGGCGGCUGCGGGGCAAGCAGCCCCCGGCGGCGGCGCCAGCAGCGCGCCCGCCGUCGAGCCGGCAGACGCGCCCAGACCACCUUUGCGAAGUGCUGCAAGCUCCUGCGAUGCCGGCUCCAGCGCCCAAGCGCAAUGCCUCGGCGUGGCAGGUCGUGGUCGAGGGCGCGGUCGCGGCGCUGGGCGCGGAGGCCGCGCUGCUGACCGCGCUGUGGCUCAAGAGGAAGGAGGACGAGGGGGGGGGCCACAAGAAGAACCCCAAGGAGGAGGGCGACACCAGGGAGGGCCUCAACGAGAACCCCAGGGACCCCACGCACGAGGAGGACAAGAACCCCAGGGAGGAGGGCGACAACAGGGAGGGCCUCAACGAGAACCCCAGGGACCCCACACACGAGGGGGAGGACCACGAGAAGGAGGACAAGAACCCCAGGGAGGAGGGCGACAACAGGGAGGGCCUCAACGAGAACCCCAGGGACCCCACGCACGAGCAGGACGAGGAGGGGGACGAGCAGAGGGACUUCUUGGGCAUCGGGAUCUGGAUCGCGGUGCUGAUUGGGUGCCAGAUGUACUCGUGGGACGCGGUCCACAGAUGCCUCCCCGAGCCGAUGGGCGACGAGACCGGGAUAU